CAACGUUCCACGAUUUGGAUCCAAGAUGCGCAAGGCGGCCCUUGUGGGGUGGUUCGUGCUCUCAUGUAGCGCAUUGACGAUAGAAGAGCUGGCGCCUUAUUCGCAAUUCCAAGAAGAUCUCCUCCUUCGGAACGUCCAUCCAUUCGGUAUAGUUUUUGCCGACCCCGACGCUGUUCCAGAACAAGGCACAAGUCCGGAUGGAGCAUUUUGUGCCACAGGCGAGUUCGGUGCGCUGGAGUACUGGGAACGCGUGCGACAGGAUGGCCACGUGUUCUUUUACUGCAAGGCUAGACACACAAGCCAGUGGCAACCGCCUUGCAUCCACUUGAUGCCGGACUUUGACUUGGACGCGGAUGACCCACGCCGGUUUCCGUUCCCGAUGUCUAUAGAGCGUUUGGACUUGUCUGGUGCAGUCAAGAAAGAAUAUGGUGCAUCCGCCGAUGACAACCAAGCUGGUGCUUUGGAGUUGGGCACUCCUUCCGACAUUCCCGACGACAUCUAUGAUGGGAUGCCAUUGCUCACGUACGAAGGGCACAUCCACGACCAAUUCUUCACCUUCCAUGGGUACUUGGAUCAUCUCCAAGGCGUGUCCUUUCGUCCACAUUUUCACAAGAUCCCACGAGAGCUCCACGAAGAAGCCGUGGCGAGUCUACCCAAGCACAUCGUGGUCGGCAAUAUCGACGACGUUUACCUCUUGGCCCUUCAAGACGUCGUAGGCCUUGAAGUCGAGCUGGAGCACGUCGUUCGAGAAGCGCUCGAAGACGACGUGCCAGACCCCAUGAUGUACACCGUGAGCCACUUCAGCGUUGACCAGCGGAAGGCAGUCGCGGCGGCAUGGGCGGACUUGAGUACGUUGGCACUUGCCCGUGCGAACGUGACUAUAGCCAUGAACGCGCUACGGCGUUCCAUUUAUUGGCUUCGGCACUACCACGUCGCGUAUAUGAAGAUGGCGAGAGUGCUGUCGACGCUUGGGUACAUGGACGAUGCGUGCGAGUGCCUCCAAAUCCUCCUGGACAACGAGCCUGACCACGUGGCCAAGUUGCGUACCGAAUUUUCGUUUUGCCCGAUGCUGCACUCGCGAAAGACGGCUUCAAUAUUGUACCAUCCAGUUGUGAUGUUGUUUCUGCAGGUGGGGACGCUGACCGUGGCGUUUGUGCUGUUUGUGUGGUGGGUCAAGCGCCAAUACAUCGACUCUCCACCACCACCGACGACGGCAACUGACAAAAGGCAGCGAAAAGCUCCACAUCGAGGACGGCAUUUGAAAUAAACACUUCGCUCUGUUCAUUUCCACGCUACCACCACACGUUUGAAUUUGUCGUGCUUGGCACGAAAUCGUCGGGUUUUCCAGCCAUCCAUUUUCCUCUCGUUCGGAGUCCA